AUGAGGUUGAAAAUCACAGAUUCGGUGCGAGUGGCACCCAUCCAGCUGCAGAUCGCUCAGGCGAUGCCCCUAGAGUAUAUGGGCGAUGCUGCUAGAGUACGUGAGUUCGUUGCGAGUGGUGCAUCUCAAGUUGCAGGUCGCGCAGGGGAUGAGGAUGAAAGCCACGGAGAAGGUGCGAGUGGCGCCCCUCAAGCUGCAGCGCGAGAAGGCGAUGCCGCUGGGGUACCAGACUCCAAAGCAGAACGCUCCGAUGCACAAGAUACUCAAAGUGAAGGGAGUGACAACGCAUCGAGAGCUAGCCCUUUCUUACUUCAGGAAAGAGGAAGAUCUAGGUAUAGAUACAAUAACCGUGGUUACGGAAGAGGUAAUUACUACCCAUCUUACCCAAAAUACCAAGGAUAUGUACCCCACGGCGGGCGCCACUACUACUUUCCAAGAAAUGGGGAAGACGCUGAAGGGAACGAAGCUGUAGCUGGAGACUCUGCUGGAUCCAGUCCAAAUGCGGCCGCCAGUCGUACCAGCCCAGGAGUAGAUGAGGACCCUGGCUGCUGUGGUAAUGGAGAAGCUGAACGUGACGGAGGUAGCGGCUAUUACAAUGGACCAGGAGGUUUCGUUUAUGGUGCAGCGUCCAGACAUGGCGCCGGGUCAAGCAAGCACGCAGAUGCGGAAAACGAGAAUCCUAGUGCUUAGGCGCUUAGUAUUUUUAAAUGUUCCUUUAUUAUAUUAUUUAUGUAUAUGUAUUUGUUUUUAUAGAUAACUAUCUGAUUUUAUAAACAUUACUGGGUAAAUACUUGCUAUGUACCACUGCAAACAUGCAAAGCGGCAGAAUGAUAUGAGACAUGAGACAAUUUUAACAAUUGGAAAGUGUAAUUAUUGUGAGUAAAAAUGUUUAUUAAUAAUGUCACUAAUUGACAAUCUUUUAAAGCAAUUUCUUAUUUCACAUUUAUUAAAUUUCCAUUUUCUAUUUCAGACAUCAAAUGUCUCAAUGAACCACUACAUUCAGGAAAUGUCCAAGCAACGAGUAGCCCAUAUGCACCAAACAGCACCAACGCAACAACAGCUUCAAUUUUUUAUAAUGUAUCAGAAUUAUUGUAUUGUAUUUAUUAUGUAUAAUUUCGUAUAAUUAUUGAAUAUAUGUACUUUAUAUU